AUGAAGCGCAAGGCGGCGACGAAGGGUGCCAAGGCGACCAAGCGCCAUGCGAAGGACGCCAUCGCGAGCGACGUAUUGACCCUUGUCGCCGACGCCGCCACCGACACCUACCCGAUGCUGGACGCAGAUGCCAUCCUCGCCAAGCUCGUGCACCCGAUGACGACGGACGCCUUUAUGACGACGCACUUCCGCCAGAAGGCCCUCGCUGUGCACACGUCGCCGGCUCGCUUUGACCAGCUUGUUGUGUCGGGCCUGUGCAACUUGGACGUGAAGGCGCUCCUCGAGAAGAUCGAGGCGGUCAAGGAUGGGACUGUCAAGCAGGCGCUCGUGCUUCACCGCGCCGGCCACUCGCUCUACAUGCGGUCGUCAGAGGCGCUCAGCGCGCUCUUGAUUCCGGCGCUCGCCAAGGAACUCGGCAUGGGCUUUACCACGACGUCGCUCUUUGGCGAACUCAACGGCGAAAUUGAAAUCGUUUGCGGCAAGGCGGGCCACACGACUGAUUGGCGCUUUGACUUGAUGGAGAACUUUACCGUCCAGCUCGCCGGCUCCCAGACGUGGAAGCUACAGAAAGGGACAGUGCCGCAUCCCGUACUGCACUACAAGACGCAGGACGCGGUCGAGCAGGAGCUCAAAGUGCACUGGAUGACGGACCCGACCUUUGCCGACGCGCCUCCCCUCGACGGUGGCGACGACUACGUCAGCGUCACACUCCGCCCGGGCUCGAUGCUGUACGUUCCUAGUGGCAUGUGGCACCGCGUCGAGUGUGCGGACGACGAGGACUCGAUCUCGAUGAACUUGAGCAUGUUCUCGACGCCGUACGCCGACGCUGUCCGCCAGCUCCUGUUGCAGACGGCAGCAGGUCGGGCUGGUGUCAACUACGAGUCGAUUGAGGACGCCCACGCGCAGCUCGCGACCGUGCUGGAGACGCUCCGGACGCAGCUGCAGUCGAUCAAACCCGCCGACAUUUGCCCGCGACGCCUCUUGGUGCACGGUCGGGACGGCCAGCUAGCGGUCACCGACGAGGUCGACCACGAUCAUGAGCACGAGCAUGAGCAUGGCAGUUGCCAAGAUCAUGACCACGACCAUGACCAUGCGGACGACAACGAGAGUGACGACGACAGCGCGUCGACGGUGCUCGAUGCGUGUGACGCGCAGCUCGUCAAGGAUCCGUCCGUGACGAUCGCGGGGAGCGCGCGCUUCCGCUUGAACCCACUGGCCAAUUUCCUCGCGUUCCGCGACGUGCCGUCCAUCCGUGCGCGCAUGGACCACGACGUGGACCGCCUCUAUGUCCUCAACGUCGGCGAGUCGCAGGUCGACGCGCUGAGAACGCUGCGAUCAAAAGCGACGAGCGCACAGUUUACGCUGCGGGACAUUGCAAGAACGCCGACGCGCGACGUGGAAGGGCUCGUCCGUUUCCUGGCCCACGUCGGCUUUCUCACACGGCUUGACGCGGACGAGGUCGGGGUCGAGCCCUUGCACGGCAUGGCCAACGCCAAAGAGAAAGGCUUCAAGCAAGGCCGCUGCCGUGUGUGCAAGGCGCGAGGAUCGGCACAGACCGGUGGGCGCAAGCACCAAACGUACUCCUACUGCCCAAAGUGCACGGAAGACAACCAAGGCAAGAUCUUCUACCUGUGCAAGGACGUGCACUUCAGCGACCAGCCGAUUGAUAGGCGACAGUACAGCUGCCACGACUUGUGGCACUACGUCUGGAAGUUCCAGGUCCCAACGUGAUGGCUUGGACGGUCCGUUGCGAACGCACCAACCUUUAUAUAUGGAAUAUUCUC